CUACAUUACCGACACCUCAUUGACAGCAUGACUUCUGUCACCGAAUGUCAAAAUAAUGCGAAAUAACGCAAAUUUUCCAAACAAAAACAAUAUUUAAGUGUUUUGUGUCCCCAUCAAGUUAAAAACUGCUCCGGAAUGACCUCCAAAUGCACUGUUUUCGUCUUCAUCGUGUUGUCCGUCACCACCACUGUAACCCAAAGUAGCGACAUAACACCCCUAGUUUUUGGAAAAUUGACCGAUGGCAUGCCUGCCGCAUUCGGCGAUUUCAAUUCCGACGAACUGACCGAUGUUUUCGUCCUGCGAGACGGUGGAAACACCGUUGAAAUUCUGCUAGCGCACGAGGAAGAGCCGAUAUUGCGAGAGGCUAAACCUAGCUUGUCUUGCACUUUUGAAAAUAAACUGAUCACAAGUGUGGUGCCUGGAGACUUCGACGGUGACGCCUUCAUGGACGUUAUGGUCACUCUCGUGUACAGAGGAAGCGAAAAUCAGCAUUUUCCGCACACUUACGCCCACAUUAUCUGGGGUGGGGCUAGUCAUCUGAACUGCAGUAAUGAAAGAGCGGCGAUUCCUAUGAUCGGACAGCCCUUAGCGCUUGACUAUAAUCAGGACAUGAUUGUAGAUUUGUUUGGACAGGAUACAGAUAGAACCAGGGUGUUCUGGGUUUUCAAUAAUACGAGAAAUCCACCGGAAAAGAUUCCAAUGGAGGAUAAUAGACGCAGGACGGAGUUGAGCAGACCCCACGCUCAUGCUUUUAUUGAUUUAAAUGAGGACUACAUGGCCGACUUGUUCAUAACAACAAAAGAAGACUUUGAAAUUUGGCUCGGAAGCGAGCAUAAGGGCCGAUUUGUCUACAACAAAACCAUCCAACACCCAAGAGAUGCUAAAAUAAUCGGCCAAUCUCUCUUCAUGGACGUCGAACUGAAAGGCCAAAUGGAUUUAGUAACGCCAGUUUGUUACGACGAAAGGUGCCAAAACAGCACACUUUUGGUUUACAGUAACGGCGAGUGGCACAACUUGCAAGUGAAUUUCAAAGACGACUAUGGGGCCCUAUGGGGCUUUGCCCUCAAACCGGGCAGCAAAUACACCGACACCAUCACUUUGCACAGUGGCGAUUUUAACAUGGACGGAUACCCGGACAUUUUGGCCACCUUGAGCCCCAAUAACCCGGAGCACCCGCAAUCGUUCUUACUUGAAAACGUCCCCUGCAUGACCAGCUGUGGCAAAUUUAAGCGCUCAUACAGCGUAAGGUGGAACAUUUUGAACUCGUUUAAGAACGGAACCGCAAUGGCUGCUUUCUUCGACUUCUACCAAGACGGUAUUUUGGACGUGAUUUUGGUCACUUACCACAAUAAAGAGUAUAAAGCUGCGGCAUUCAAAAAUAGUCUUGAUUAUGACGCCAACUUCAUCAAAGUCAUGGUUCUGACCGGGCUUUCGAACAAAAACAAUCAGAUGAUUAUGGGGAGAGUGGGGAAGAAACGGCGCACUUACGGCACUAAUUUGCCGGGACCUUUGAUUUCUUACAAGACUACAACGCAAGAAGGCUACACACGACAUGGUGCUUCAGCCCAGCUACCUCAAUCAGCCCAUUUCAGUCUGAACUUACCAUACACCAUUUUUGGUUUAGGGAGAACCCCAAAUUUUGUUGAUUCGUUAACGGUUGGUUUGUCGAACCAUUCGCGGUCGUGGACCCAAAUCAUACCAAACUCCCAGAUGGUAGUAAUACCAUGGCCUGCGAACGAACCCUCGCGAUGGAAGGCACAGUUGUUUGUGACUCCCAGUAAACUAAUUCUAAUGUCUGUGGCGGCCUUGACGGGCAUUUGUGGUAUCAUAACUGUGAUAAUUGGAGUCUUGCAUUGGAAGGAGCGGCAAGAGGAUAAGAAGGAGCGGCUUUCCGAGUCUCAUCGUUUUCAUUUUGAUGCUAUGUAAUUUGUUUUUAUUUAUUUAAUUUUAAUAAAGUGUGUUAGUUUAAAACGUU